CGGCCCUGAAGUAGGCGGUGCCAGAAAUUUGAACGGAAGGCGGUGCGGAGGGCCGCCGAGCACCGGCUUCCUCGCGUGGAGCACGUUCUCCGUCUCGUGGACCUUCAGUCUCAGGACCGGGAGGCCAGACCGGAGCCGUGGGGCUGCGCGCCAGACCCUCCGCGGCCCGCCAUGGGCCCGCGCCGGAGCCGCCGCAAGCCAGAGACCCCGAGAAGGCGCACCGAGAGCCCGUCCGGCGAGACGUCCCGGCCGAGGACCUCAGGGCGAGCCCGGCGCCUCCGCUGGCUCCGAGAGAUCCGAGAGCUGCAGAAGAGCACAGACCUCUUGCUGAGGAAGGCGCCCUUCAGCCGCGUGGUGAGAGAAAUCUGUGCUAAAUUCACCCGUGGUGUGGACUUCAACUGGCAAGCUCAGGCCCUGCUGGCCCUUCAAGAGGUCUCUGGCGGAGUUGCCUCGCCAUUUCACAAGGCCAGAUCACCUCGCUUUUUUAAAGAAGACCCUGUCUUAACUUCUGAAAAUGCCUCCUUAUUAAAUGUGAUUGCUCAAUUUCAAGGACAAUACCUGGGACUCCAGGGCCACCAGUAAACCCAGUGACAUCUGCGGUGUCCCCUGGACCUUGCUGUCCAUGAGCAGUGUGCAUGUGUUGCUUUUGACGUUUUCUUUAUGAAGGAGGGGACUGCGUGGCUUUCCUCUGUGCCCAUGAAGAGCCGGCUCAGCACCUAAGCCUGGAAGUAUCUGCCAAUGGAAGACCACGUCGCCUCAGUUUGUGGAUUACCCAUGCGACUGCUGCAGGGUUUUGAAGGCAUCAGAUCUGCUUUGUUGUGGAGGAAAGAUAUUUACUUAUUGUUUUUGAUUUUGCUGUACUAUGCAUUUUUUGGCAAUAUAUAAAUUUUUACUUUUUAAAUAAAAUACUUUUUUAAAUAUAAGGGAAAAUUAAUAUUUCAGUGAGCUGCAUAGAAUGGCUGGCCAGGCACCACUAAUGUACAGAUCGCUCCCUUCCACAUUCAUCUCUUCAUUGCUGUCUGUGAGGUUUUCCAAAACUGAAUUGAGAUUAAAAUAGGGAAAAAAAAAUUUUUUUUUUGGCGCUGGGGAUCAAACUGAGGGCCUUGUGCAUGCUAAAUGUAUGCUUUACCAUGGAGCUCCACGCCGUGCCUGAAAUAGAAAACUCUUUCAAUCUUUCUGGUUUCUCCUAGGAAAUCCCUAUCCAAAUAUCAAAACCAUUCAGAAAUUCUGACUCUUAGAACUUAGCAUUUUAUACUGAGCUGUAAAUCACAGAGGUAUUAUAUUAAUCAGCACAGGAUUUUAAGUGGUUUUUUCAAUGUUUUCAUAGAUAAUUCUUAAAACUGCUUUUUGGAGAGAUAAUACAAGUAAUUCUUUAAUGGAAAAAAAUUGAAGUUUCUAUUAUAGAAAGAGAUGAUAUAAAGUCCUUUGGGUUCCAGCUCCAGCAAUGCCAAAAUUUUAUUUUAAAAGACUGUACAUGAAGUUCCUCUUUUGCACAGUUUACAGACAAUCAAUUUUAGAAAGGGAAGGUUUUGCUUCCAAUGGACUAGAGACCUCAGAGGAAAACACCCUUCCCCCGUCACUGGAAGUGCAGGAGAUCUCCACAGGGAGGAGCCGCCCCUCCCUGCUAAAUGUAAAUGGGCAGCCCGAGCAGACCCUGGAGAUGGCAGUCAGCCAAACCCAGAGAGGGACCAGAGGAAAGCGAGAGUUUUAGUGUUUGUUUCACACAGAUGUUCAAAUAAAGCUCUAUCUGUGUUUCA